GAGGUAAGCUACAGUCCAGUUUUUACUACUGCCGUGUGGAAGAUCCCAGCUAUGUCUAUGUAUAGAAGAACUAUGAGGCAAAAAAGUAAAAAGAAAAGGCCGUUGUCGGUGAACAGUUUAGAUGAAAGGUCAAGGACGUCUCUGAUGGGUCAGAUGGUUGACAUGACCAGCCUGGGUAUUAGCCCAGAGCACCCCAUGAAAAGAUCAGUCUCUGACCUCUUUGCAGGCAUGGCUUAUGGGAUGUACCAGUCCAGGUCUGAGUCCAACACAACAGCAGCAGCAGGUGGCUGUGAGAGAAAUGGCAGCAUCAGGCAUGAAGAAUCUAACGACUCUGGGUUCCUCAGUGGAGCAGGAAGUGCUGAGAACUGCAGGGACGAUGGUCACAAAGUGGCGGAGCCCGGGGGUGCGGGAAGGGGGUCACACACCCUCAAGCCUGGAGAAAGUAAACACAUGUUUUUGACUUACAGAUUACAUGAAACACGCUUAUCUGGAAGCUGUAGAGUGGGAGAGACCACUGCCAGAAAGUCUGAUGGUUUGCUGGCCAAAGCCGUGCAGCCGAGGAGUAGGUCUAUAGAAAGUUUUUCUGGCCAGCAGAACGGCUCCGCCCUUUUCUCCCCAUCUCACGGCAAACACAACAUUUCCCUGAGCCAGGCCAGCUCCCCACAGCGCAGCAGCAGUGCGGCCACCACACCCAAAACCUCACCCACUGACACCAGGCUCCCCAACCAGAGAUCCGACUACCGGCCUCGUCCGUCAUCCUCGGACAUGGUCAAGCUUAAUUAUUCCAUGGCAGCGGCAGUUAUGGAGAGCAAAACACUGAGGCAGCAUGAGGGUAAAAUAAUAGCUGCAGUGGUAGAGAGCAAAAAAGUCAGGCAGCAGGAGGGUAAUUUAGUAACAGGUGCCGCCAUGGAGAGUAAAAGUAUUUUAAAACAAACUGCCACACCACGAGCUGGUCCAGCUGUGGGUGUGACCAAACCAGCAGAGGCAGCAAGUUCAACCAAGCAGGUCAUGAGGGCCACCAAGAAAUCUGUUCACUAUUACGACUAUGACAGUUUUCUAGGCUCCAGUCAAGUGUCCAGCAUCACAUUAGAAGAAAUUCUCUUGUCCAAUCUGGACGUGGUGCGGGACAAAGUCCUCAGCAACAAUGAAGUCAUCUUUGCUCAGAGUCUUGCAGAAGUGUUUCGAUGUUUCAUCUGUAUGGAAAAGUUGCGUGAUGCACGCCUGUGUCCUCACUGCUCAAAGCUCUGCUGUUUUCCAUGUAUACGGAGGUGGCUGACAGAGCAAAGAUCUCAGUGCCCACACUGCAGAGCAUCCCUGCACAUCCACGAGUUGGUCAACUGUCGCUGGGCGGAGGAAGUAACUCAACAGCUGGACACACUGCAACACUCAACCCCACAAUCUCGAGGUGAUGGCCCAUCAAGAAAAGAAAUAUGUAAUGAACAUCAAGAGAAACUUAGUGUCUACUGCUGGACAUGUAAACUUUGCAUAUGUCAUCAGUGUGCUCUCUGGGGAGGGACACAUUCAGGGCACACAUUUAAACCACUAGAAGGAAUCUAUGAAGAACACAAGUCCAAACUGUCAGCAGAGCUGAGUCAGCUCAAGUCACAGCAUAUAGAGCUCAUAUGUCUGGUGCAGGAUGUGGAGCGCAACAUUGAAAGUGUGAAGAAUGCAAAAGAAGAAAGAGUGCGAGAAAUUCGAAACGCCGUAGAGCUGAUGAUAGCCAGGUUGGAAGCUCAGCUGAAAAGUAAACUUUUGACUCUUGUAGGCCAGAGAAAUCAGCUGUCCCAGGAAGUGAGUGUGUGGGAGUCGGCCAUUGAGAAGGUGGAGGCUGACCUGAGGGAUGCCGGCAAGGCGGAGCUGGUGAUGAGAAGCAAGGACUUGCUGGAACUGUUUCGUACAGCCCACAGGCAGUCAACCUCCUCGUUUGUCACCACACCAGUGCCAGCUGACUUCACCAGUGAAAUUGUCCCCCAGUAUGACACCAGCACCUUUGUGAUGAAAAACUUUUCAGUGCUGAGACAGAGGGCAGACCCAGUGUAUAGCCCCAUAUUGUUUGUACAUGGGCUGAGCUGGAGGCUUAAAGUGUACCCAGAUGGCAACGGUGUGGUGCGUGGCAACUAUUUGUCUGUGUUUCUAGAACUUUCAGCUGGUCUACCUGAAACAUCCAAAUAUGAAUAUAGAGUAGAGAUGGUCCACCAAGCUACAAGGGACUGGACCAAAAAUAUUGUCAGAGAAUUUGCCUCUGACUUUGAAGUGGGAGAGUGCUGGGGCUACAACAGAUUUUUCCGCCUGGACUUGCUGGCUAACGAAGGCUACCUUAAGCCAGAGGCUGAUACCCUAGUCCUCAGGUUCCAGGUGCGACCUCCGACCUUUUACCAGAAGUGUAGAGAUCAACAAUGGUACAUCAAUCAACUAGAAGCAUUACAGGCUCAAUAUCUUCACCAGAAUAAUGACUUGAAAGAUCGGCUUCUGUUGGAGAUGUCACGAAACACAAGCAAGAAAGCCAAUCUCUUAGUUCCUGAAGUGCCACUGAACGAUUCCCAGGACAACUCCGGCUCUACAGCCCUGGCUUCAUCCCCUGCCUCGUCCACCUCAUCAUCACCAUCAACUGCCACCACACCAACUACACCAGCUGUUUCCACCUCAUCCAAACCCCUGGCUGGGCUAGACCUACAGACAGAGGAGGACGAUGAUGAGGAGGAUGAUGUGGAGGACAGGCAUGCGGAGAGCUUGAGUGGAUCGGAUGAUACUGACUCGGAGGCUGUGGAGUAUAGUCAGAAAAAUGUUGCCUUCUUGAGGUCAUUGAACCCCAGUGAGCUAGAAGACCUACGCAACAUCUCAGUCGAGGGUAUUGACAACGUCCUGAAUGCUGAUGAGAAUGACAUUGAUGAGGAAACAAUGUCUGUAGAUAAUGAUGUGGAACAUGCCAUACAGUGGGAUGAUGCUGUCCUGUCCCUGGCACCAACCAGCUCCGCAGGCAAGACACGCCCUGGGAAAGGUUCCAACAACUUGUCCCAGCCACCUUCAAGCCAAAAGAAAGAUGAAGAAGCUUCCCUGCUCCAGUUCCUAGAACAUCAUUCCUCUGAUAGGCCGGGUGCCUGGUCACUACAGGAAGCCAUCAGCCAUUUACGUCACACUAGUAUAGCAGAUGAAAACAAUGACGACAACUGGACUAGUCACUGGCACAUUGAUAAACCUUUCAGCAAUAAUGACAAGUCAGUAGCACGCACAGGCAGCACACGGCCUGUAGGUGUGUCCGGUGUAUGUGCAACAUUUGAUGGCGCCUCGUUUGAUGACCUUGUCCUGACUGGAACUCUACUGGAGGAGCCUGUGGGUGGGGAUCACUGGAGGGACAAGCCUGAUGCCAGGAAACCUGAUGUUCUAGAACAGUUCCAGCAGAGGUUCAAUGAGUUGACGGCCUCAACCAACGCUGUUGCUAAUGCUGCUGUCACCAAUGAAACUGAGGCUCGUAAAUUUAGAAAUGGCAAAAAGUCCAAGUACACCAUCCAGGCUAUAGUGCAGCCUUUGAGGAAUUCUCUUGAAACAACAUCGCCAAGGUCGGAGCCCAGCAACCUGUUCAGAGAUUCCUACAGUAGACCAUCUCAUACAGGAGUGGCCAACUCAGAUGAGGCCAGCCUGGAGGAUCUGAUGACACUAGAGGAAUAUGACCUCAACUCCACCAGCAUUGCCUCUACAGCCAUUGGGCCCAGGAUCUUAAAAGCUGAGCCAGAAUGUGAGCAACAGAAGCCAGCCAAGCGUGACGUCAAGUCCCCCAAAAGAGGUGCAGCACCAUCCAGUGGAGCUUCAACCGCAGGGGCUACAUCAACGUUGAAGAAAGACACCACUCACAACAACCUGCAGACAUGGACCUUCAACUUCCUCAAGCACAACAAGGAGGACAAGAAGGACAAGGACAAGAUUCCCUCAGUCGCCCUGCCCAGCCCCGCCCCUCACUCACAGGGUGGCCGAACCAACGGAGAUGGCCAGUCCACCCCAGCCUGUCCUGAUGGCACCAGCGCAAAUGUCAACAACAAGAAGAGUGGAAACAGUAGCCAAGAUAACAAUACAGACAGACCUGACAGUCCAGAAGAUUCAUCAGCUGUUUGACAGCAGUAGAAAACAGCUUACAGCACUGGACAACAGCUUCACACAUGGACAUGGCACAUCAAGGCUGAAUACAUUGUCCAAUACUCAUUCAUCAAACAACUUAUUUCAAUUUGUUUUGCAAACAGCCUAUUUCAAGUUUUUACACUUUGGAAAUCCUUUGUUUCUUAUGAUUUUGUUCACUUUUUGCAAGUAGUUGAUGUUUUAGUGGUGUGCAUUCUUUGAUAGUGGUAACUGGGUCAUCCUGAGCUGACCAGACAAAAAUGUUAUCUUGAAUACAUGAAUGUCUGGUCAAUUAUUUAUUGUGCGUGAAUGCUGGUAUGAAAGGGUAUAAAGUUCAUUUUGGAGAUCAUCAAAUUAAUUCUUGUUUUUUAGCUAAUGGUUGAUAAAAAUUAAAGAAUUCGCUGUUCCUUGUCUAAUUAGUCAGAAAUAACACAGACUAGAGAGCUGCUGUAUCAAAUUUUAAUGUAAGUCUUGGUGGUGUAUACAUAGGGCUGACACAAUAUCACUUUCUGUAACAUCAGUAUCACAUCCAACAAAUGGGGAGAAACCAGCCUACAACAAACAUCCAACUAAUGGGAAGGAACCAACAUCAAGUAUCACAUCCUUCUAGUUUUCCAUUAAAUUCACACAUCACACCCCAAGUAAACAAAUGUCAUUUAUAUACAGGAACACUACGGUCAAUCAAGCAGCUUUAAAAUAGGGGGGGAUCUCAUUGUACUUAUGUUUAAAUCUAUGUAACAAAAAAUUUUGUCCUUAGACAAUUUAAAAAAAAUGUACAACAACAAAUUUUGUUACCACAUUUUUGUAUCUUUAACAAGAAACAUCACUAACAAAAUAUAAAUUGUUUGUUGUUUUUUUAAGGGGGUUCCUCUGAAUACUUUAUGGGGGAAGUGAGUAUUCAAUUAAAAAAAAAAAAGAAACUUGUUCAAUAAGAAAGCAUUUAACAGUUCAUCUGCACCAGACCUGUGAAAUCCCUGAACCAUAACUACAUGCAAGAAAUGUGAUAUGAUUAGAAGCUGCCACACUGAGUUUAACAAAUAACAAAUAUUUACAUAACUAAAGAGAGACAACUCUCAUUAAAUGUGAUUAACAGUACAGGGAAUUCUCUUUUUUUUUUUGCUGAAACAAAAUGUUACCAAAACAGUGCACUACACAGUUAAAAUAAAAUCUCUUUGUAGUGCUCCACACUGAAGUUCUCAGUCCUGAUAAGUAGCUGUUGAACUGAAGGACUUCUAGUGUGUAGUCAGGGCUUCCCACCUCCAGUGGUAGAUAAGGUUACAUGGUUGGGUAAGGACAAUGGUUAAAAAUGAUUAAAUAGUUAUAAAUAUAAGCCCUAUAUAUUAGUACAUGGUGAUG